GACAAUGACCUAAUAAGAUGGUUAAUCAUCAUUGGACUCAUAAAAACAAACAAACAAAAAGCCAACUAACCAUUUAAAGUGAGACUUUCACAUCAGAAAAAGGAUGGACUUGUUGCAGCUGCUGUAGCAUUCAAAGUCCAGUUGUGCUUUGCGAUGCUGAGUUUACUGUUUUAAAUGGACUUCAAGCAUAGCCCUGAAGUGUUGUCCCAUGUUCCCACCUCCAAGAGUGCCUGACAGAAGAGGUACAUAUGCUAUGUGAUCAUUUCAAACCAAGCAUCAGCAACAAUUAAAAACAUUCACGUGGUAUCUGUAGUUUAAUCAUGGACCAACAUCAACAUUUGAAUAAAACAGCAGAGUCAGAAUCUUCAGAGAAAAAGAAAACAAGACGCUGUAAUGGAUUCAAGAUGUUCUUGGCAGCCCUGUCAUUCAGCUAUAUUGCUAAAGCACUAGGUGGAAUCAUUAUGAAAAUUUCCAUCACUCAGAUAGAAAGGAGAUUUGACAUAUCCUCUUCUCUUGCUGGUUUAGUUGAUGGAAGCUUUGAAAUUGGAAAUUUGCUUGUGAUUGUAUUUGUAAGUUACUUUGGAUCUAAACUACACAGACCGAAGUUAAUUGGAAUUGGUUGUCUCCUUAUGGGAACUGGAAGUAUUUUGACAGCUUUACCACAUUUCUUCAUGGGAUAUUACAGGUAUUCUAAAGAAACCCAUAUUAAUCCAUCAGAAAAUUCAACAUCAAGUUUAUCAACCUGUUUAAUUAAUCAAACCUUAUCAUUCAAUGGAACAUCACCUGAGAUAGUAGAAAAAGAUUGUGUAAAGGAAUCUGGGUCACACAUGUGGAUCUAUGUCUUCAUGGGGAAUAUGCUUCGUGGUAUAGGGGAAACCCCCAUAGUACCAUUGGGGAUUUCAUACAUUGAUGAUUUUGCAAAAGAAGGACAUUCUUCCUUGUAUGUAGGUAGUUUGAAUGCAAUAGGAAUGAUUGGUCCAGUCAUUGGCUUUGCACUGGGAUCUCUGUUUGCUAAAAUGUACGUGGAUAUUGGAUAUGUAGAUCUGAGCACUAUCAGAAUAACUCCUAAAGACUCUCGUUGGGUUGGAGCUUGGUGGCUUGGUUUCCUUGUGUCUGGACUAUUUUCCAUUAUUUCUUCCAUACCAUUUUUUUUCUUGCCGCGAAAUCCAAAUAAACCACAAAAAGAAAGAAAAAUUUCACUAUCAUUGCAUGUGCUGAAAACAAAUGAUGAUAGAAAUCAAACAGCUAAUUUGACCAACCAAGGAAAAAAUGUUACAAAAAAUGUGACUGGUUUUUUCCAGUCUUUGAAAAGCAUCCUUACCAAUCCCCUGUAUGUUAUAUUUCUGCUUUUGACAUUGUUACAAGUAAGCAGCUUUAUUGGUUCUUUUACUUACAUCUUUAAAUAUAUGGAGCAACAGUAUGGUCAGUCUGCAUCUCAGGCUAACUUUUUGUUGGGAAUCAUAACCAUUCCUACAGUUGCAACUGGAAUGUUUUUAGGAGGAUUUAUCAUUAAAAAAUUCAAAUUGUCUUUAGUUGGAAUUGCCAAAUUUUCAUUUCUUACUUCGAUGAUAUCCUUCUUGUUUCAACUUCUGUAUUUCCCUCUAAUCUGUGAAAGCAAAUCAGUUGCCGGCCUAACCUUGACCUAUGAUGGAAAUAAUUCAGUGGCAUCUCAUGUAGAUGUACCACUUUCGUAUUGCAACUCAGAGUGCAAUUGUGAUGAAAGUCAGUGGGAACCAGUCUGUGGGAACAAUGGAAUAACUUACCUGUCACCUUGUCUAGCAGGAUGCAAAUCCUCAAGUGGUAUUAAAAAGCAUACAGUGUUUUAUAACUGUAGUUGUGUGGAAGUAACUGGUCUCCAGAAGAGAAAUUACUCAGCGCACUUGGGUGAAUGCCCAAGAGAUAAUGCUUGUACAAGGAAAUUUUUCAUCUAUGUUGCAAUUCAAGUCAUAAACUCUUUGUUCUCUGCAACAGGAGGUACCGCAUUUAUCUUGUUGACUGUGAAGAUUGUUCAACCUGAAUUGAAAGCACUUGCAAUGGGUUUCCAUUCAAUGGUUAUAAGAACACUAGGAGGAAUUCUAGCUCCAAUAUAUUUUGGGGCUCUGAUUGAUAAAACAUGUAUGAAGUGGUCCACCAACAGCUGUGGAGCACAAGGGGCUUGUAGGAUAUAUAAUUCCGUAUUUUUUGGAAGGGUCUACUUGGGCUUGUCUAUAGCUUUAAGAUUCCCAGCACUUGUUUUAUAUAUUGUAUUCAUUUUUGCUAUGAAGAAAAAAUUUCAAGGAAAAGAUACCAAGGCAUCAGACAAUGAAAGAAAAGUAAUGGAUGAAGCAAACUUAGAAUUCUUAGAUAAUGGUGAACAUUUUGUACCUUCUGCUGCAACAGAUAGUAAAACAUGUAAUUUGGACAUGCAAGACAAUGCUGCUGCCAACUAACAUUGUAUUGAUUCAUUAAGAUGUUAUUUUUGAGGUGUUCCUGGUCUUUUCACUGACAAUUCCAACAUUCUUUACUUACAGUGGACCAAUGGAUAAGCCUAUGCAUCUAUAAUAAACUAUAAAAAAUGGAAGUACUCAUGGUUAGGAUAUGGCUAUGCCUUUAUGGUUGAGAUUGGAAUAUAUGAUCCAUAAAAAUUUAAAGUGAGAGGCAUGGUUAGUAUGUAAUACAAUAAAAAGUAAUUGUUUGGUAGUUGUAAUUGCUAAUAAAACCAGUGACUAGACUAUAAGGGAGGUAAAAGGGAGAAGAUAGAUUAAUAGCCUAAAUAAAGAGAAAAGCCUGAUGCCUUUAAAAAAAUGAAACACUUUGGAUGUAUUACUUAGGCCAAAAUCUAGACUAGAUUUAUGCUAUAAUAUAUAUUUUUCAUGUUAAGUUGUAUAUUUUUCAGAAAUUAUAAAUAUUAUUAAUUUAAAAUUUGAAUUUGUGUUUGACUAACAACCUCGAUGGAUCUUCUUCCAACCUCCCAUUAAGAUCCUGCAGAAGAAAUAGAAAUAUUCAAAUAUUGAGAGGUGUAAUUGUGAGACAACGUAUUAUAAUACGUGUAAAGUUUCUACUGGACCAAUGGAAGUGGAUUAAGACAAACUGACUUUAGCUUGAGAAAGCAAAACCCAUUGAUAAGAUGUGUCUUCAUUGCAUCUGUCUGUUUUCUCUGGGAGAAGCAAAAUCUGUUACUUUCUUGCACACUUGUUUGUUUAUUCAUUGUGCACAAGAAGAUAUCUUCCACAUCUCCACAAGCUGGAUAAGAAAUAGAGAAAAUGAGAUCAAAUAUUUAAAUAUUGCAUUUUCUGGUAGUGAUG